CCCCCAUCAGCCGACAUCACUACUCCUACAACUCCUUCACAAUCCUCCACUCACAACUCGCCACGUGUCCUCCGCCGUCACCACCGCCGCCGCCACCACCACCGGAGAUGACGAGAUUAGCCGAAUCAAGUGAAGAUGUGAGGUUUAAAGGAGUAAGGAGGAGGAGAUGGGGAAAAUGGGUUUCCGAGAUUAGACUUCCGAAUAGUCGAGAAAGGAUAUGGUUAGGAUCUUAUGAUGCACCGGAGAAGGCGGCGAGAGCUUUCGAUGCCGCCGCUUAUUGUCUUCGUGGACGACGUGCUCACCUAAACUUCCCGGAAAAUCCCCCUUGCAUUUCCUCCCCUAAAUCCCUCACUCACCAACAAAUUCGACUCGCUGCCGCUCGCCAUGCCAAUGCCAUUCCGGUCGGCGGCGCCGCCGCCGGAACCUCCGCCGCCGAGUCUAGCUCAGCCAAUUCACUUACUCCUUUGCCGGAACAGCCACUGCCACAUUCAGAGUCUGAUGCUUCUGAUGGACUAACACCGGAAAGUGAACAGGGUGGGCUCGAGCCCGAGCCCGUCGAUUGGUCUGCGGUCGGAUUCCCGGAUAUUGAUGACCUUAAUUAUUACCACCCGAUUGUGCAGGAGCCACCACCGCCGGAUUCUGAUGAGAAUGGCUUGUCGUAUAAUUUAUGGAGCUUUUGAUCGGUUUUCAUUAGGGACACCGGCAAGUUUUUUUUUCGCCGGGAGUUCUAUUUUGGUUGUUCGCCGGAAGUUUUAAACAUUGCCGGUAGCUAAGGUUUCCUUACUUGUUGAGUAGUGAAAUAUAUAUACACAAAGUUGUAGCUAAGAAAAAUUAAGUAUACAUAUAAAUUUUUAUAUGAUUA